GCUGGAGGAUGCGAGGUUGAAAAAGCCCGCGGCGUCUUCUCUGUACCCUGCGCUCGGCUCCCUGCUCGGUCGCGCUGGAACCUGUACUGGCAGCCGGAGGUGGAGGUAGGAACCGGGAUACCUCGGAAGCCCGGAAAUGGACUCAAUGAUCUUUGAGGAUGUGGCUGUGAACUUUACCCAGGAGGAAUGGGCUUUGCUGGAUCCGUCCCAGAAGAAACUCUACAGAGAUGUGAUGUGGGAAAUCAUCAGGAACCUGAUGUCUGUAGGAAUAAAAUGGGAAGACCGGAACAUUGAAGAUCAGUACAAAAAUUCCAGGAGAAAUCCAAGAAAUCAUAUGACAGAGAGACUCUGUGAAUGUAAAGAUGGUCAAUGUGGAGAAACUUUCAGCCUGAUUCCAGAUGGUAUAAUGAACAAGAACACUCUUCCUGGGGUAAAACCAUAUGAAAGCAGUGUGUGUGGAGAAGGCAACGUGGAUCAUUCAUCUCUGAAUUGCUACAUCAGAGCUGACACUGGACACAAACCGUAUGAGUGUCAGGAACAUGGAGAGAAGCCACAUAAAUGUAAGCAGUGUGUAAAAACCUUCAGCUGCCUCCACUCCUUCCAAACACAUGAAAAGCCUCACACUGGAGAGAAACCCUGUGAUUGUAAGGAAUGGGAAAAAACCUUCGAUUCUCCCCAAACCGUUCAAAGAUACAGGGUAGUGCACAGUGGAGAUGGACCUUAUAAAUGUAAGUUUUGUGGGAAAGCCUUUGAUAAUCUCAGUUUAUAUCUCACACAUGAAAGAUCUCAUACUGGACAGAAGCCAUAUGAAUGUAAUGAAUGUGGGAAAGCCUUUGGUUUUCCCAGCUCCUUUCAUAGACAUGAAAGAACGCACACCGGGGAGAAACCAUAUGAAUGUAAGCAAUGUGGGAAAACCUUUAGUUGUUCCAGUUCCAUUAAAAAACAUGAAAGAAUCCACACUGGAGAGAAGCCCUAUGAAUGCAAGCAAUGCGGGAAAGCCUUCGCUUCUUCCAAUUCGUUUCAGUAUCAUGAAAAGACUCACACUGGAGAGAAACCCUAUGAAUGUAAGCAAUGUGGGAAAUCCUUUAAUUGUUCCAGUUCCAUUAGAAAACAUGCAAGAAUUCACACUGGAGAGAAACCCUAUAUAUGUAAACAAUGUGGUAAAGCUUUUAGAUUUCCCAGUUCUAUUAAAAAUCAUGAAAAGACUCACACUGGAGAGAAGCCCUAUGAAUGUCAGGAAUGUGGGAAAGCCUUCAGAUAUUCCAGUUCACUUCGAGUACAUAAAAGAAUUCACACUGGAGAGAAGCCGUAUGAAUGUGAGCACUGUGGGAAAGCCUUCAGUCAUCCCACGACCUUUCAUAGACAUAAAAUUACCCACACUGCAGAGAAACCUUAUGAAUGUCAGGAAUGUGGGGAAGCCUUCCGUUAUCCUGUUGCUUUUCGUAGACAUAAAAUUACCCACACUGCAGAGAAACUUUGAGUGUAAGGAAUGUGGGAAAGCCUUCUGUUAUCACAGUUCCCUUCAAAGACAUGAAAGGACUCACAACGGAGAAAAGUUGUGUGGAUAUAAGAAAUGUAAAGCCGGCUGGGUGUGGUGGCUGACGCCUGUAAUCCCAGCACUUUGGGAGGCCAAGGCGGGCGGAUCAUGAGGUCAAGAGAUUGAGACCAUCACGGCCAACAUGGUAAAACCCCAUCUCUACUAAAAAUACAAAAAUUAGCUGGGCGUGGUGGCAUGCGCCUGUAGUACCAGCUACUUGGGAGGCUGAGGCAGGAGAAUUGCUUGAACCUGGGAGGUGGAGGUUGCAGUGAGCUGAGAUUGUGCCACUGUACUCCAGCCAGGCGACAGAGCGAGACUCCGUCUCAAAAAAAAAAAAAAAAAAAAAGUAAAGCCUUCCACUAUUCCAGUACCUUCUGAAACCAUGAAAGAACUCACACUUGAGAAAAACAAUGAUGUUAGGAACAUGGGAAGUCUUUCCUUUCUCUCUCAAUCGUUUGAAGGCAUAUGGUGUGACAUGCUGGCAAUAGACCUCAUAACUGUAAGGAACAUGGAAAACGAUUUUUGUUUUCCAUGCUCCUUGUUUAUUUUAGAUACAUGAAAGAAUUUACUCUGGAGAGAAACUAUGAGUGUAAAAAAUGUGGUAAUGCCUUGUGUAGUUUCUGUUUCUCUGAAAUACUGUCAUGUCCUGGUAUUCUCAGGGGAUUAGUUGCAGGCACCCCGCUCCCCACUUCAGAACAUCUAAAUCUGAAGAUGCUCAAGUGCUUUAUAUAAAAUGGUGUAUUUUCCUAGAACCUAAGCACAUCCUCUUGUACACUUUAAAUCAUCUCUAGGUUAUCUAUACUGCCUAAUGCAUUGUAAACGAUACAAAAAUAGUUGUUUCAUUGUGUUAUUUAGGGAAUGCUGACAAGAAAAAACAUCUGUAGAUGUUUAAUACAGAUAACCAUCACAGGCCCACCUCCAUAGUACAGGCCCACCUCAAAGUAUAUGUCAGCUACAAUGAAACAUUUUCUUUUUUUUUUGAAAAAGUUUUGGACUGGUUUCAUUUAAUGGCCUCAAAAACACGUGUUGACAUUCUCCAAAUCCUUGGUUCUUCUCUCCUGAUAACCCUCAUAUGAUGAUUGCUCUGUGGUUCCUAAAGCUGCAGUGUUUUGAGGUGCUUAGAUACGUGGCAGUGUGGAUAAGUCAGGGGACAUCAGUUUAACUUGAAUUUUCUUUUUUUUUUUUUUUUUUUUUGAGAUGGAGUCUUGCUCUGUCACCCAGGCUGGAGUGCAAUGGUGCGAUUUCGGCUCACUGCAACCUCCACCUCCUGGGCUCAAGUGAUUCUCCUGCCUCAGCCUCCCAAGCAGCUGGGAUUACAGGUGCCCGCCACCACACCCAGCUAAUUUUUGUAUUUUUAGAAGAGAUGGGGUUUCACCGUGUUGGCCAGGCUGGUCUUGAACUCCUGACCUCGUGAUCUGCCCACCUUGACCUCCCAAAGUGCUGGGACUACAGGCAUGAGCCACCCUGCCCGGCCAGAAUUUUCUUUCAGGACAUCAGGAGGAUCCUCUGCUGGAAGAACCAACAUCUGAUUGCAGAUGUUGCCUCUUUGGUGGAAGGUCAGUAACACAAGUCUUGGAUCUGUGGUGUUUGAGGGCUGAAAAUAUUUAAACAUCGAACUUUCAGUCCUUUUUUUUUUUCUUUUUUUUUGAGAUGGAGUCUCAGUCGCCCAGGCUGGAGUGCAGUGGCACGAUCUCAGCUCACUGCAACCUCUGCCUCCCGGGUUCAAGCGAUUCUCCUGCCUCAGCCACCCGAAUAGCUGGGAUUACAGGUGCACACCACCAUCCCCAGCUAAAUUUUGUAUUUGUAGCAGAGACAGGGUUUCAUCAUGUUGGCCAGGCUGGUCUUGAACUCCUGAUCUCUGAUGAUCUGCCCACCUUGGCCUCCCAAAGUGCUGGGAUUAUAGGCGUCAGCCACCUCACCCUGCCGAAGUUUCAGUCUUCAUAAUUGCAGAUGCUUUAGUUGGAAACGUUGUCAUAGGAAAAACUGUUUUUUCUUUCUCUUUGAAUCAUCAAACACAUCUUGCAAUGGUUUUGGCCGUGUUAUCUCUGGUGACCUGUAAGCGACUUUGAUAUUAAGCUUGAGUAUGCUGAAACAAGUCAAGACUUUUGGUGAUGUUAGGAUGGUAUGCAUGUAUUUUGCAUGUGAGGUCAUAAAUUUAGGGAGCAGGUAGAAAAUUAUUGCUUUAUUUGUCCCCUGAAAUUCAUAUUAUUAUUAUUUUUUUGAGAGAGUUUUGCUCUUGUUGCCUAGGCUGGAGCGCAAUGGCACAAUCUUGGCUCAAUGCAACCUCCACCUCCUGGUUUCAAGUGAUUCUCCUGCCUCAGCCUCCCAAGUAGCUGAGACUGUAGGCAUACGCCACCGUACCCGGCUAAUUUUUUGUAUUUAGUAGAGACAAGGUUUCACCAUGUUGGUCAGGCUGGUCUCCAACUCCUGACCUCAGGUGAUCCAUGCACCUCGGCCUCCCAAAGUGCUGGGAUUAUAGGGAUGCGCCACCACGCCCAGCCCUGAAAUUCAUAUUUUGAAACCUUACUCCCUAAUGUAUGGAAUGAGGAGAUAGGAUGCCUGGGAGGUAAUUAGGAUUACUUGGGAUCAUGAGGGUAGAGUUCUCAGGAAUGGGACUAUAAGGUUCCCUAGAGAGCUUGCAUUUGCUCUCUAUUAUGUGAGGACACAAUGAGAUGAAAGUCUUCUUUGAACAAGGAAGCUUGCCCUUACCAGGCACUGAAUCUACUAUCACUUUGAUCUUGGAGUUCACAAUCUCCUGUAUACUGAGGAGCAAAUGUUAGGUGUUUAAUACACCCAGCUUAUGUCAUUUUGUUUUAGGAGCCCCUGGUGGAUAAAGCACAACCCAUUAAAAAAUAGGUGAAGGAGUUGAAUAGACGUUUCUCUAAUGAGGAUAUACAAAUAGACAAUAAUUACAUAAAGAAGAUGUUCAGCAUCACUCAUGGUUUAGGGACAUGCAAAUCAAGAGCAAAAUGACAUCUAUAUCUCCUCACCCUCAUUAGUUUGCUUCUGUCCAAGAACAAAAUAACAUGCUGGCAACGAUGUGGAAUAAUGAGAACCCUUGUACACUAUUGAUGGAAAUGCAAAAUGUCACAACUACUUUUGAAAACUAUAUGGCAGGCCGGGUGCGGUGGCUCAUGCCUGUAAUCCCAGCACUUUGGGAGCCUGAAGUGGGCAGAUCACCUGAGAUUGGGAGUUGAAGACCAGCCUGACCAAGAUGGAGAAACGCCAUCUCUACUAAAAAUACAAAAAAAUUAGCUGGGCAUGGUGGCCCAUGCUUGUAAUCCCAGCUACUCAGGAGGCUGAGGCAGGAGAAUCACUUGAACCCGGGAGGCGGAGGUUACAGUGAGUGGAGAUCGCGCCAUUGCACUCCAGCCUGGGCAACAAGAGCGAAACUCCAUCUCAAAAAAAAAAAAAAAAAAAAGAAAACUGUGUGGCAGGUAAUCAAUACAUUGAAAAAAUGGAAAUAACAUCCACCAUUUUUCCCUUCUGGGAAUAUAACCAAAAGAAUAGAGAGAGGGGCCUGAAAUGGGUAUUUGUGUACAUGGCUAUAGCAGCAUAACUUACCAAUAGGGAAAAUGUGGAAGCAACUCUCUUAUAUAUUGACAGAUGGAUGAAUAAGCAAAAGGUAGUAUAUGCAUAGGAUAGACUAUUACUCUGCCUUCAAAAGGAAGGGAGACCUGACAAAUGCUACAACAUUGAUGAACUUGGAGCACAUUAUGCUGAGUGAAAUAGUCCAUUCAUAUAAAGACACACUUUAUAAGGUCGAGUCACUUGAUUUUUUACAACCUGUCUCCAGACAUGGGCUCCUUAAACUCCAGACCCAAAAUGUUUUUGCUUAUAUGAGGUACUCAGAGGAGUCAAAUUCAUAAAGAUAGUAGAAUGGUGAUUGUGUGGAAUAGGGGAAGUGGGUAAUGGAGACUUAUGAUUUAAUGGCAUAAAAUUUCAAUAUUGCAAGAUGAAAAGGGUUCUGGAGAUGGAUGGUGGUGAUGGCUGCACACCAAUAUGAAUGUACUGAAAGCCAGUAAUUCUACACUUAAAAAUUAAGAUGGGCCGGGCGCAGUGGCUCACGCUUGUAAUCCCAGCACUUUGGGAGGCCGAGGUGGGUGGAUCACCUGAGGCCAGGAGUUGGAGACCAGCCUGGCCAAAAUGGCAAAACCCCGUCUCUACUAAAAAUACAAAAAUGAGCUGGGCAUGGUGGUGCAUGCCUGUAAUCCCAGUUACUCAGGAGGCUGAGGCAGGAGGAUCUCUUGAACCCGGGAGGCUGAGGUUGCAGUGAGCUGAGAUUGUGCCACUGCACUCCAGCCUGGGAGACAGAGCGAGACUCCGUCUCAACAACAACAACAAAAAAUUGUUAAGAUGAUAAAUUGUAUUUUAUCUGUAUUUUAGUACCAUUAAAAUGUGUGGGAUUGGUCAGAGUGGUGGGGAAAAACUAUAGGGAAAGGACGCAAACCUUCUGAGAGGUUGGAAGGUUCUGCAGAGCCCUGGGGGAGAAUAGCUGAAGGUGGCUGUUCUAUAACCCUGAGGCAGAGGGCAUGGAGUAGGUACCAGGGAGUGUGGGGGAAAUUAUCUUAAACAGGCUCGUUUACUUGUGUUGACCAGGAACUGACCUUUCAUCAUCCCUGUGCCUGACUUUCCCUGAAAGGGGAACAAUAAGUGUUAAUUACCUACAGGUUGUGUUGGCUCCAGGUUUUUGGCAUUGUGCCUAGACUGAAUAAAAGCAAGCAGCUCCAGCUUCUUGGGGCUGCUUUCUGGCCACUAGAGCCAGGCAGUCACCUAGUUGCUGUUACACUGAAUACCUGUGUCUGAGUCCUCAUUUCAUCCGUUGGCCAGGGUCUGCAGGACAGACCCGGCAUUAAAAGAGUGGGGAGCCACAGUAGUGCAAAGACCCCACUGGACCACCAACAUACCAAGCAGUUCUUGGUUCAAUCCCUCCUUGUCCUCAACACUGUUUUUCCAUUUUCCUUGUCCAUAAAGGACCUGUUUCCACAUGCUUGCUUUGACUCUGAUGUCACCUUUAGAGUUGAUGCUCAGGCAUAGCUCACUUAACUGCCUCACCUUUUCUCUCCUGAUCUGGUUGUUGAUGGCUGUUGUGAGACAUUGGUUGUUGCCUUUUUAGUUUAAAAGGAUUCAAAUGACACACAGCAAUGGAGAUGCAGUAUAUGGCAAUUUAUUGCAAACGAAAAAGUAUUUUGAAAGUUAAGUGCAGAACAGACAGUAUGCCCUGAGAGAGAGAGAGAGGAUUCAGGGCAGGCUGCUCAUAAGGAUGAGAGCAAACAGUGGCACUAGGGAGACUUUUUUUUUUUUUAAUUUUAAUAGUUAGAUUUCAGCUCUUUUGAGUGGUUUCAAGUCUGCUGUAGAGGAAGGGGGUACGGGGAAGGUGGGCAUAGUCUGAGAGGCAACAGACUCCGGAACAUUCCAGACACAGUCCUUCAGAGGCUGGCUAGUAUUAAGGAAAGUGGUUAGGUUUGUGAGGUGAAACAGUGGAUGCUUGUGGCUUUUCCGCAGUGUGUGCAGUCAGGCCAGCUUGACUUGGAGGAAAGCCAUUCAACACAAAAAUGGCACCACAGUUACCCUGGAGGUAACUGUGAAGCACAGGGUUUGAGCCACCUCCGUCAUCCUCAGGGCACUGUGUGUUUCAGGAUACUCUGUGGCACUGCUUUCUUUUCUUUUCUUUUUUUUUUUUUUUUGGACGGAGUCUCGCUCUGUCGUCCAGGCUGGAGUGCAGUGGUGCGAUCUCGGCUCACUGCAAGCUCCGCCUCCCGGGUUCACGCCAUUCUCCUGCCUCAGCCUCCCGAGUAGCUGGGACUACAGGCGCCCGCCACCACGCCCUGCUAAUCUCUUUUUGUAUUUUUAGUAGAGACGAGGUUUCGCGGUGUUAGCCAGGGAUGGUCUCAAUCUCCUGACCUUGUGAUCCGCCCGCCUCGGCCUCCCAAAGUGCUGGGAUUACAGGCGUGAGCCACCGCGCCCUGCCGAGAGACUCCUUUUAUGGGAAUCUUACAUGAUUAUUCAUAAGGGGCUGGGAAGAGGUGUUACUAGUAAGCACAUUCUGGGUGGUCUUCUGGGUGCACAUGCACAGUAGCUGCCCAUUCUUGUUCAUACGUCACAUCUCAUUAGCAUCUUAAAUCUCCACCCAGGGAUGUGGUUUUUACUAUUAUAAUGAGCAAAGGGUCAAUCUGAAGACAGGUAAAAUCAAAAUACGCGUGCUCCCUACAGGGGAAAUUCCCUACUGGAGAGAGCUUUGCUUGAAUGAGCUUGACUACAAUGCGAAUGCUGAGGCUUAUUGUGUUGACUGUACGAUUGCCAAGUCUCCAGGACAUGGCUACCUAUCCUUGGCUACCUAUCCUGUCUCAUGGUCCUCAGUCACUUCACACCCAUGAUGUAUGCUAACACCCUUCGGUUAUCUGUUUAGAAGGGAUAAUUUUUUUUUUUUUUGAGACAGUCUCGCUCUGUUGCCAGGCUGGAGUGCAGUGGCACGAUCUCAGCUCACUGCAACCUCUGCCUUCUGUGUUCAAGCAAUUCUCCUGCCUCAGCCUCCCGAGUAGCUGGAACUAUAGGCAUGUGCCACCAUACCCAGCUAAUUUUUGUAUUUUUAGUAGACGAGGUUUCACCAUGUUGGCCAGGAUGGUGUCGAUCUCCUGACCUCGUGAUCCACUCGCCUCGGCCUCCCAAAGUGCUGGGAUUACAGGCAUGAGCCACCGCGCCCAGUCUACAAGUUAUAAUUUUAACUUUCCCUGAAGAACACUCAUAAACAUAAGUUAAGGAUUGCAAUGUUUUGUUCAUGAACAAAUCUUCCAGACUGUGAGAAUUAAGCAAGAUAAACUGAAAAUAAUAAUAAUGCAAUACAGAUUUUCCUAACUACAGAAAAUCGAGGAAACAUACUACAAAAUGUGGAAUGAUUGACCUUUAAUUCUACCUGGGCUGGAGGUUCAAGAAAUGGACAGAAGGGGUCACUAUAUGCACAGGAAAGAAUUUCCUAAUUUUACUAGUAGAGCUGAUGUUGAAGGAGAAAUAUGUGCUGUAACAAGAGAACUUCAACGUAGGAUGAAUGAAGGAAAUCUUACCCCCCUAAUAAUAUGGAAUUUAUGCAGAAUCAAUUUUUGCUUCAGAAGGUCAGUAAAUUCUGCUUUCAUCCAAUGUCUUUACAUGUAGAAUUAUUUUUCAUUAUCAUUGUUCUUACCUUUUGUAGUGAUUACUCUGUUGUUUGUCAAGUAAAUGAUAACCCGUUACCAUCAGCAUCACUUUUCUUGUGAUAUAUAGCUAACUUUCAGUGAUGUACAAAAAUAUUUAUCAACUAUAGCUUUCAUAUUUUUGCAUUCUUGGGGUAUUUUGUUACAUGUGUAACAACUCUUGAGAUUCCACACAUAACAAUGCAUUCUUAGGAUUAUUACUUUGCCAUUGGUAGUCACUGGGUUUGUCCACUUCCUGUAUGGUGUUAUUUGCAAAUGAAAUACACACAUACUACAUUUUUAUAUGUGGUAGGUCCAACAACCUAUCAACUGAUUAUUUUACAGGUGAAGAAAUACACAUUUAGUCUGUCUUUUAUAGUUAUAAUAUUCUUUAAUAGUCAUCUUUGUUUUCUCCUGUUUUUUGACAUCAUUUGAUGUCAGACUGAAGAACUUUCUUUGGUCUUUCUUGUAGGGCUUGUGUGCUGGAAAUAAGUUCUCUUAGUAUGUAUGCUUAAACCUGGGAAAGUGUUUGUUUUGACUUCUGAUUUGAAUGUGAGCUUUGGUGGAUAUAGAAAUGUUCUAUUAUAUAUGUUUCAGAGCAGAGGAAUAGCAUCUAACUAAAAGCAAAUAUGUCUAUUUCACCCAAACACUUAUCAUUACACUAGUUUAUAUAAGUUAAUGUCAAAAAACAACGAGCAAUAAAUAGGAAUAGGAUGGAAGAAGGAAAUAUUGUGAUUGAAGAUGAAACCGUUGUUUGGGAAAGUAAAGACAAAACAACUGGAAAAAAAUUUUAAGCUGGGGAAGGAGGCAAUUUGCUGUUUAUGGAGCAAACAUACUAUUGAAUUAAAAUCACAUUUCUUGAAAAUGUAUAUUAAUUUCUAAGAAUAGCACUAACACCGUAUUCCAUAUCUGUGGAAAGGUAUGAGUAUUUCCUGAUGAAAUGACCUGAGUGUCACCUCUAUAGAUUUAUAUAUAACUUUGAUGGAUUGAAGGUUCCUCAUCCCAAUCCUCACUGUAGAGAAAUGGUUUAAAUAUAAGUAAUUCAGGAAUCUGAUCCAAAUUAACUCAUGUAUAAUAUUCCAGAAAAAUUCACAACAUCAAAGAAAUGUUAUGAAAUUUAUACUUUUUUUUCUGACAGAGGGCCUCACUGUGUCACCCAGGCUGGAGUGCAGUGGUGUGAUCUCACCUCAUUGCAGCCUUGACUUAGUGGACUCCAGAAAGCCUCUUGCCUCAGCCUCCCAAAUAGCAGGGACUACAGGCCAUCACACCUGACUCAUUUUUUAAUUUUAAUUUUUUUUUUUUGGUAGAGACAGGGUCUCACUAUGUUGUCCAGUCCAGGCUGCCUCAAACUCCUGGGCUCGAGCAAUCCUCCCACCUCAGCCUCCCAAAGUGCUGGGAUUAUAGGCCAUUGCUCCCGGCUUAUUUUUUAUUUAUUAUUAUUAUUAUUAUUUUUUUUUUUUUUCUGAGACAGAGUCUCGCUCUUUUGCCCAGGCUAGAGUGCAGUGGCGCUAUCUCGGCUCACUGCAAGCUCCGCCUCCCGGAUUCACGCCAUUCUCCUGGCUCAGCCUCCCGAGUAGCUGGACUACAGGCGCCCGCCAUCGCGCCCGGUUGAGGUUUUGUAUUUUUAGUAGAGACAGGGUUUCACCGUGUUAGCCAGGAUGGUCUCGAUUUCCUGACCUCGUGAUCCGCCCACCUCGGCCUCCCAAAGUGCUGGGAUUACACGCGUAAGCCACCGCGCCCGGCCUAUUUUUUAUUUUUUUUAGUCAUGGUUUAGCUUGAUCACCCAGGCUGUUCUAAAACUCCUGGGCUCAAAAGAUCCUUCCCGCCUCAGCUUCCCUCUGGGGUAGCUGGGACCACACGUACUUGCCAACUCACCCAGCCUUUUAUUAUCAGUGCCUAAUGCUUAAGGAGGAUGUGGGCUACCUUUUACUUUCAGAUAAAAAACAUUGAGGUGAGAUAAUUCUGUUAAUUUUUUUUAACACAAAGGUUCAUAACUUGAAUAGGUACUGUUUCUUGCCUGAAUCAUUUAAUUAAAAAAUUUCGUUUUCAUUUUGUAGUCUCUUGGAUCUUGGAGUUGAUUGAAAUGUAUUUUUAAUAGCCAAGUAGAUUCACUUUUAUAUGGUUUUAAAAUUGUUGGGUAUAUAAGGGGCAUUUGAAACAUUAGAUUUUUGUAUUUGCUGUGACUUUCCUGCUGGCCAGUGUGCCAGGUACCGGAUAUCCUCCGGGAACUGCAGGCAGGCCCGUCUCUCUUUCACGGGUGAGAGCCAAAGCCGACUGUUGGCGGAAGCGGAAACCCUUUCCUCCAUCACGUUUCGCCCAUUCCAGGCCAGAAGCAGGCCCCGCUCCUUGCUGCUCGCCUGUGAGCAUAUUUCGUCGAAUCCCGGCUGGGCGGCUUGGUCGCAGUGUGCCUGUGCUGGGACCGGAGCGCGUUCAUCGCCCACAGCCGCUCCAGUUCUUGUGAGUGGUUGUUCCUGCACGCCGGGAGCCGUGGGCCGGGCCAUCAGGCCAUACAAGUGCUGCUAAAGCGGCCUCGCCUUCGGCUGCAUCAUCUCGGGGACGUUUCACUUGUCUCUUCUCCCAGUUACAGCCCCAGCCCCUCGAACUCACCGGGUCUCCACAGCACACUCUGAUCAAUAUCCCACAGGACUCUGCGUGCCUGAUUGCUUUCCUCUGCCUUCCUUACUUGCAACUCCCAAGGUCACGUGUCUGUGAGAGUGGACCUAACUCAGCCGCUAACUCAGCCUCGAGCUACACAAAAAAGGGACUGGACUGGGCUAAGGCUUCAAAAAAGGGUGGGCCUUGGGUAAGAUGUUCCAGCUGGUCCAGCACCCUCCUGUCCCAUUUCCCAGGCCCUGGCAGUCCAGAAUUGAGUAAAACAUACUGAGAUAACCCUCCACUGGUGAACCUGGAGGAAGAUCCAUCCUGUAGGAGGUGAGAGCCUGGGAAAGGACAUCACUAUGGAGGGAACUGAAGUUGGGGUGGAGGUCGGUGGAUGGGGUAUUGGAAGUGGCUUGAGACCAGGAGAUGAGUUUAAAGUCCUCAGGUGCCUGUGGGUAAAGUUCUGACAAAGGAACCAGGACGAAAUAAGUCAGUUGAUGAAAAGGAUCAGGACUGGGGGAAAAAAACAAGGACCCAACCUGGUGAUCAGGAUUAAACAAUUAUUCUGGGCAGGCAAGGGCAAGAAAUAGAUAAUAACCUGGAAAAAGAAAUCGCUGGUGUAGGAGGGAUAUCAGCUGAGAAGAGUUGGUCCAAGGCUGUUGGUCUACACUCCACAUCCUGUGGGGUGCACCUGGUGGGCAACUAGGAGAGAAGAAGGGCCCGACGUCCAGUAAGGGAAUCAGAAUGUGAAUGCAGUAUUGCUGUGGGGAAGGAUCACAGGCCACCUGGAGCCACCUAAGUGAAAACAAGGUUCAGUGCCUGGGGAUGGAAGGAUCUGAAUGGAAACUCACUUAAGGCCAGGUGGGGUGACCUGAGUAGCAAACAGGUAAAAGUUGGGUAGGAGGACCUGAUUUGGAUGGGGCUGCUCACUGUGAUGUCUAUGAAGCUAUCAUUCCAGCUGCUGUCCACCUAGGAGCUGUUGGUCAGUACAGUCAGCUGCGUGUUCCCAUCUUGUGUAUGAGGGCAGUAGUGAGGGCUGCCCUUCAUGCCUGCCUUGAUCACUGGCGGGAGACAGAGGACGUGGAAGUAUGGGCUGUUUGGGGGGAUGGUGCCUAUGAGGAAGCUCUGAUCCCGAAUCUAGAGAAUGGGAGGGUGGGAUGUAUCAUGGAGGGUCAGGCCGGGGGUCUGGAGGAUAUCAUGUCCUAAAUGCAGAUGUUCUCUGGGUCUCAGGUCCCUGCUACCAGCCCAGCCUGUUGAGGCUCCAGAUGAGUCAAUAACCCUGGCUCAGGAGAGCUGGUGUGGGAUCUGUUAGGCCAAGGGGUCUGGCUUCCUUACUACCUCCAACUUCUACCUCUGUAGAAAUGUCUGUCUCCAGCGUCAUGUCAAAGCAACUGAUGACUUCCCUACCCCAGGCAUCACUGAGCUAAAUUGGGUGGCAGGAAGGUGAUCACCACCUAAGUACUAUCUUUUUAUUUUAUUUUAUUUUGAGACAGAGUCUCGCUGUGUCGCCCAGGCUGGAGUGCAGUGGCUCCAUCUUGGCUCACUGCAAGCUCCACCUCCCAGGUUCACGCCAUUCUCCUGCCUCAGCCUCCCGAGUAGCUGGGACUAUAGGUGCCCGCCACCAUGCCUGGCUAAUUUUUUGUAUUUUUAGUAGAGAUGAAGUUUCACCAUGUUAGCCAGGAUGGUCUCGAUCUCCUGACCUCAUGAUCCACCUGCCUCGGCCUCUCAAAAUGCUGGGAUUACAGGUGUGAGCCACUGUGCCUGGCCCACCCAAGUACUAUCUUAUCCCUUCUCUCCUUUUCAUCCCAGCCUGUGCCCACUGAUCGCUCGGUUACUGGUCCCAUUAUCCACUCCAGCUCCUGGUACUUCUCUUCUGGGUACAGCUGAACCACCUGGGAAGAGCAAGCUAAGAAGUUCUGGUGCCCCCCUUGCAGCAAGGCUAUCAGUGGGCACAAGAGGAUGGGGGGAUGGGCUGGAGUAAGCCCUACCCAGAGCUGGAGGGAGCCCCACACAGUUCUCCCUGAGCUGUUAACUUCCCAGAGACCCACCUCACAGUCAAGAGCACCAACGGGCACUCCUCCCUCCACUCCCCUUACUGGGGCACCAGUUUCUUUCCACCCCAGGUGUUGUUCACUAUCCCUGUUAUUUCAAUUCUCAUGGCUCACAGGAAGAAAUAGGUAUAUUGUACUGAGAUUUUUCUAAAUGACAUAAAAAUAUGCAUUCGUGAAACAAUCUUUUCAAGAUAAGGAUCCCAUCCAUCGGACUCAAACAUUACCCGCUGGUCCUUGGUAAUCUUGCCCCACCCUACUGCUUCCUCUCUCUCAGCCACCCCUGAUGGAAUCCUGCAGUUUGUACUGUUCUGUGUCAGGCAUCUUUCACUCAGCAUAAUUGAGCUUCAUCCAAUAGUUCUUUAUUGUACAUGAAUAAUAUUCCAUCUUCAGAGGAAGCAAAACUUAUUCCUCCAGCUGUUGAUGGAUAUUUGGGUUAAUUUCAGUUUUUGGCUAUUAAGAAUUAAACAUGAAUAUUCACAUACCAGUGUUUGUAAGAACAUAUGAUAUUUCUUUUUUGUUUGUUUGAGACAGCCUCGCUCUGUCACCAGGCUGGAGUGUAGUGGCGCAAUCUUGGCUCACUGCAACCUCCGCCUCCCAGGUUCAAGCCAUUCUCCUGCUUCAGCUUUCUACAGCAACUGUAGUUGGGACUACAGGUGCGUGCCACCACGCCCAGCUAAUUUUUGUAUUUUUAGUAGAGGCGGAGUUUCACUAUGUUGGCCAGGCUGGCCUUGAUCUCUUGAACCUCGUGAUCCGCCCACCUCAGCCUCCUAAAGUGCUGGGAUUACAGGCAUGAGCCACUGUGCCCAGCUGAUUAUUUCUUUAGAAGAUUUUAUUUUAUUCUACCUAGGAGUAAAAUGGCUGGGUGUUGUGACAGGUGUAUGUUUAACUUCUUAGGAAACUUCCAAACUGUUUUCCAAGUGGCUGUUGCAUUUUGUAUUCCCACCAACAUCAUAAGAGUUCCAGUUGCUUCGCAUUGUCACCAACAUUUGAUAUAGCCAAUCUUACUAAUUUUAGACUCCCAAAUAUGUGUAGUGGUAUUAGAAUUGUGGCUUAAAGCCAGGCACAGUGGCUCACGCCUGUAAUCCCAGCACUUUGGGAGGCCAAGGCGCGCGGAUCACGAGGUCAGGAGAUCGAGACCAUCCUGGCUAACACGGUGAAAUCGCAUCUCUACUAAAAAUACAAACAAUUAGCCAGGUGUGGUGGUGGGCGCCUGUUGUCCCAGCUACUCCAGAGGCUGAGGCAGGAGAAUGGUGUGAACCUGGGAGGUGGAGCUUGCAGUGAGCCAAGAUAGUGCCACUGCAUUCCAGCCUGGGCGACAGAUCGAGACUCCACCUCAAAAAAAAAAAAAAUUGUGGCUUAAAUUUGUGUUUGCUUAAUGAAUGAUGAUGUUGAAUGAUAUUUCAUGUUUUUAUUUGUCACUGAAAAAUAUUCUAUGGUCAAGUAUUAAUGACAUUGAUUGCUUUCAGAUUAUUAGUUUUUGAGAGUUCUUUAUAUAUUCUGGAUAUAAUUGCUGCAUCAGAUUAUGGUUUGUAAGUAUUUUCUCCCAUCUACGGCUAUUCUUUAAAAAUCCUUAGCAGUCUCUAGGCUGGGAGUGGUGGCUCAUGCCUGUAAUCCCAGCACUUUGGGAGGCCAAGGCGGGCAGAUCACUUGAGGUCAGGAGUUCGAGACCAGCCUGGCCAACAUGGUGAAACCCCAUCUCUACUAAAAAUACAAAAUUAGCCAGGCAUGGUGGCACAUGCCUGUAAUCCCAGCUACUCGGGAGGCUGAGGUAGGAGAAUCGCUUGAAGCUGAGAGGCGGAGGUUGCGGUGAGCCGAGAUUGCGCCAUUGCACUCCAGCCUGGGCAACAAGAGCGAAACUCUGUCUCAAAAAAAAAAAAAAAAAAAAAAAAAAUCCUUAGCAGUCUUAUGCCUAUAAUUCCAGUACUUUGGGAGGCCAAGGCGGGCAGAUCACUUGAGGUCAGGAGUUCGAGACCAGCCUGGCCAACAUGGUGAAACCCCAUCUCUACUAAAAAUACAAAAAUUAACCAGGCAUGAUGGUGUGUGUCUGUACUCCCACCUACUUGGGAGGCUGUGGCGGGAGAAUUACUUGAACCUGGGAGGCGGAGGUUGCAGUGAGCCGAGAUCAUGACACUGUACUCCAGCAUGGGUGACAGAGCGAGACUCUGUCUCAAAAAAAAAAAAAAAAAAAUUCCUUAACUGUAUCCUUCACAAAGCAAAUUUUUAUUUUAAUGAAGUUUAAUUUCUCAAUUUUUAAUGGAUUCUGCAUCUUUGUCGUAUGUAUGCAAUUGUAACGUAACCCAAGGUCAAAUAAUUUCACCCACAUUUUCUUUACAUUUUAUAAUUUAGAUUAUACGUUCAGUUUUGUGAUUCAUUUUGAGUUAAUGUUUGUAUAUAGUGCAAGACAUAGAUCUACAGUCUUUACUUUUUGCAUAUGCAUAUUCUAUUUUUUAGCAUUAUUUGUUGAGAAGAGAAAUUUUGACUCAAUUGUUCACUUUGAUUAAAAAAAACUACUGGACCACAUAUGUGUAGAAAUGUUACUGGAACAUUUAUUGUGUUCCAUGGAUAUAUUUGUCUACUUGCCAAAGACAUUGUCUUGAUUAGGAUUGCUAAAUUUUCUUUGUUUUUUUUUCAGAAUUAUUUGGCUAUUUGUUUGGUUAUUUCAGGUACUUUUCACCUUUUUUUUUUUUUUUGAGAUGGAGUUUCACUCUUGUUGCCCAGGCUGGACAACAACGCGAUCUCGGCUCACCGCAACCUCCGCCUCCCGGGUUCAAGUGAUUCUCCUGCCUCAGCAUCCCAAGUAGCUGGGAUUAUAGGCAUGCGCCACCAUGCCCAGCUAAUUUUGUGUUUUUAGUAGAGAUGGAGUUUCUCCACGUUGGUCAGGCUGGUCUCGAACUCCCGACCUCAGGUGAUCCUCCUGCCUCGGCCUCCCAAAGUGCUUGGGAUUACAGGCAUGAGCCACCACGCCCGGCCUUCAUCAUAAUUUUAUAACUUCAUAAUACAUUGUUCUUUUUCUUUUUUAAAAGAUUCAAUGAUUUUUUUUAAAGCAAUAAAAAAUAGUAAAAAACCCUUUGUGUUUACUGAAGUGGUUAUCAUUUCUGGUGCUCUUCUUUCUUUCCGGAUUUCCACUUGGCUUCAUUUUUCUUUACACCCAUGCAGUUUAGGGAUGUCUCUUAUGGAGCAAGUAUGCUGAUUACAAACACUUUCACUAUGGCUGAAUUAAUAAUUUAUUUUCCCUUCAUUUGGAAAGAUAUUGUUUGCUGGAUAUAGGAUUCUCAGUUGAUAUACUUGUUCUUUCAUUACUUUAAGGUAGUUGUUCUAUGGUCUCCUGAUCUGCGCUGUUGCUGGUAAUAAGUAUGUAAUGAAUCCUAUCUUUGGUUCAGUGUAGUUAAUGUGUCUUUUUCCUGUUGCCUUAAAGCUAUUUUAAUUGUUCUUGCUGUGAAGUAAUUUGCUGAUGAUGUGCUUGGUGUAGAUUUAUAUACAUAUAUGCUCAUGGUUUGUUGAACUUUUUUGAUUUCUGGGUUUAUAAUUUUCAUCCAGUUUGGCAAAUGUGAAACCAGUAUUUGUUGAAAUAUUUUUUGUCAUGCUCUUUCCUCUGCCAAAGAGUCUUGUUAUUUGCAUAUUAUGUCACUUGUAAUUUUCCCACUACACAGCUCACUGAUUUUCUGUUUUUUGUUGUUGUUGUUUUUUUUUCCGGGUGCUUCAUUUGGGAUAGUUUCUACUGCUAGGUCACAAGGUUCACUCGUCGUCUUCUCUGCAGUAUCUGAUUUGCUGUUUAUUUCACUCAGUGUAAUUUGUUAUCCCAGAUGUUGUUUUCAUGCCUAGUAGCUUGAAUCAUGUUUUUUUCUUUAGUUUUUAGAUUGUUUGGAGGUAAAAUAUACUAACAGAGAAUUUGCCAUUUUGAUCAUUUUUAAAAUGUGCCAUUUAGUUGUAGUAAAUAAAUUUACGAUGUGGUGUAACCAACACAGCUAUUGAUCUCUAGCAUUCUGUCAUCACUCUAAACAGAAAUUGGGUACUCAUUAAACAAGUCCCCAGUCUCCCUUCCCCCCAGCUCCUGAUAAUGUCUAUCCUACUUUCUCUAUGAAUUUGGCUAUUCUAGGCACCUCAUAUAACGGGAAGCAUACAAUAUUUGUCCUUGUGCUGGGCAUGGUGGUUUAUGCCUGUAAUCCCAGCACUUUGGGAGGCUGAGGCAGGCAGAUCACGAGGUGAGGAGUUCGAGACCAGCCUGACCAACAUGGUGAAACCCCGUCUCUACUAAAAAUACAAAAAUUAGCCGGGUACGGUGGUGUGCACCUGUAAUCCCAGCUACUCAGGAGGCUGAGGCAGGAGAAUCGCUUGAACCUGGGAGGCAGAGAUUUCAGUGAGCCAAGAUCACACCACUGCACUCCAGCCUGGAUGACAGAGUGAGACUCUGUCUCAAAACAAAACAAAACAAAAAAUUUGUACUUGUGUGUCUGGCUUAUUUCACUUAGCAUAAUGUUUUCCAGGUUCAUUCGGGUUGUAUCAUGUAUGAGGAAUUCAUUGCUUUUUCUGUCUGAAUGAUACUUCAUUGUAUGGAGAAACCACACUUUGUGUGUCUACUCUGAACACUUUUCUUUUUUUGUAAAGAAUUAAAAAAUAUAUUUAAAAAAUAGUUUGAGAGUAAUUGAAUUAAAUCAUUGACUGGAAGAGUUGUUUCUACAGUAAUAUUUUGGCUACUGUGAAUUAAGAUGGCUAUGAAAUUGGUAUACAUGUGUCUGUGUAAGACCCUGCUUUUACUUCUUUUGGGUAUAUACCUAGAAGUGGAAUUGCUGGUGUAAAGAGUAAUGGAUAUUUCCCUUUUGUUUUUCUUUUUUUCUUUUUUCUUUUUUUUGAGACGGAGUCUUGCUCUGUCACCCAGGCUGGAGUGCAGUGGUGCGAUCUUGGCUCACUGCAAGCUCCGCCUCCCGGGUUCACGCCAUUCUCCUGCUUCAGCUUCCCGAGUAGCUGGGACUACAGGCGCCCGCCACCAGGCCUGGCUAAUUUUUUGUAUUUUUAGUAGAGACAGGGUUUCACCGUGUUAGCCAGGAUGGUCUCGAUCUCCUGACCUUGUGAUCCGCCCGCCUUGGCCUCCCAAAGUGCUGGGAUUACAGGCGUGAGCCACCGCGCCCAGCCUGAUGUUUCCCUUUUCUAGUAACAUCCAUAGUGUUUUGUUUGUUUGUUUGAGACAGAGUUUCCUUCUUGUUGCUCAGGCUGGAGUGCAAUGGCGCGAUCUCGGCUCACUGCAACCUCCGCCUCCCAGGUUCAAGCGAUUCUCCUGCCUCAGCCUCCCAAGUAGCUGGGAUUACAGGCACGUGCCACCAUGCCCGGCUAAUUUUUUUCUGUGUGUUUUUAGUAGAAAUGGGGUUUUGGCAUGUCAAUCAGGAUCGUCUCAAACUCCUGACCUCAGGUGAUUCGCCUGCCUCGGCCUCCCAAAGUGCUGGGAUUACAGGCUUGAGCCACCUUGCCCAGCCUGAUUUUGUUUUGUUGUGGAGUUGUAGGAGUUGAUAUGUUCUGGGUACUAAUCCCUUGUGAGAUAGGUGAUAGGAACAUGUGUUCUCUCAUUCUGUAGGUUGUGUUUUUAUUCUGUUGAGAGCAUCCUUUGGUGCGCAGAAGUUUUCAAUUUUGAUAUAGUCCAGUUUAUCUAUUUUGGUUGCCUGUGCUUCAGGCAACCAAAGCACAUAUCUGAGAAAUCCAAUAUCAUGAAAUUUCCCCCAAUAUUUCCUUUUCUUUCUUAUAGACAGAGUCUCGCUUUCUUGCCAGGCUGGAGUGUAGUGGCGUGAUCCUGGUUCACUGCAACCUCUGCCUCCUGGGUUCAAGUGAUUCUCAUGCCUCAGCCUCCCGAGUAGCUGGUAUUACAGGCAUGCGCCACCACGCCUAGCUAAUUUUUGUAUUUUUAGUAGAGACAGGGUUUCACCAUGUUAGCCAGGUUGGUCUCGAACUCUUGACCUCAUGAUCCACCCGCCUCAGCCUCCCAAAGUGCUGGGAUUACAGGCAUGAGCCGCUGUGCCUGUCCUUUUUUUGUUUUUGUUUUUGAGAUGGAGUUUCGUUCUUGCUGCCCAGGCUAGAGUGCAAUGGCGUGAUCUCGGCUCAUGGCAACCUCUGCCUCCCGGGUUCAAGUGAUUCUCCUGCCUCAGCCUCCCGAGUAGCUGGGAUUACAGGCAUGCAUCACCACGCCCAGCUAAUUCAUUUUGUAUUUUUAGUAGAGACAGGGUUUCUCCAUGUUGGUCUGGUUGGUCUCAAACUCCCGACCUCAGGUGAUCCGCCCGCCGUGGCCUCCCAAAGUGCUGGGAUUACAGGGGUGAGCCACCGCACCUGACCUUCCUUUUCAAUUAAAAUGUUUGCUUCAUAUAUUUUGGGCCUCUGUUAUUUAGUGCAAUUAUAUUUAUAACUGUUAUAUAUUCUGUAUGAUUUGAGCCUUUUAUAGUGCUCUUCUUUGUGUCUUUUAACAGUUUUCGACUUAGUCUAUUUUGUGUGACAAUUGUAUAGCCACCCCUGCUCUCUUUACAUUACUAUUUGCAUGGAAUAUCUUUUUCUUUCAUUCUCUUUCAACUGACUUGGGUAUUGAGAUCUACAAUGAAUGUGCUGUAGACAGGAUACAAUUUGAUCAUAUUUUAAAAAUUCAUUCUCCCUGCCUCUGUGUUUUGUUUGGCAAGUUUAUUCCAUUUAAUUACCGAUAACAAAGGCAUUAUGUCUGCCAUUGUACGGUUCGUGUUCUGUAUGACUAAUAGCUUUGUUUUUCAUAAAAAUACGAGGAAUUCCUUAUGUUUUCAAAAUCAGUGUCUAGUUUCUUGGCUUUUGAUUGGAAACUUUUAUUAACACUUAAAAGAGGGAGCAUAGCCACACUCUGCAGAGGGGACAAGAGGGCAAGUUGAACUCCCAGAGCUGAAUCCUUAUGUGUCUUGCCUCAUCACCAUGACUUGGUAAUGAGGCAGGGACACUCUGGGGACCCAUUUCUUUUUCUUAUCUUUUUUCUUUUUUGAGACAGAGUUUUGCUCUUUCACCCAGGCUGGAGUGAAGUGGCACGAUCUUGGCUCACUGCUACCUCUGUCCGCUGCCCCCCUCACCCCACCCCGGGUUCAAACGAUUCUCCUGCCUCAGCCCCCUGAGUAGCUGGGAUUACAGGCGCCCACCACCAUGCCUGGCUAAUUUUUGUAUUUUUAGUAGAGACGGGGUUUCACCGUAUUGGCAAGGUUGGUCUUGAACUCCUGACCUCAGGUGAUCCAUCCGCAUUGGCCUCCCAAAAUGCUGGGAUUACAGGUGUGAGCCACCGCGCCCGGCCUCUGGGGACCCAUUUCAACAGUAUGGCACCCAUGGUUGGGAAUAUGUUUAACCUCUAAAUUGGGGUUUUCCUGUUGAACUGUGUCUGAAAGACUGCUUCUCUGAGCUAGCUCAUGUUUUUGCUUUUUCUCUCUAUUGAUUCCUUUAUAGAAUAUUGCUGUCAUAUAAGUCCAGCUUUUCCGUGAAUUUAACAGUUUUAUCCUGUUGUCGAUGUGUUUUUAUUUUCUUGAAAAUAAGCAGAUUGAGACAUCAGAUGGGAGAAAGGCUUGACUGUCGCCAGCAGCCUCAUGCCAAAUUCCUGAUUCCUGGAGGACAGAGCCCCCCUCCUGCUCCAAGGCCAGGAGAUGGCGCCACUGGACAGAGAGUCGGGUCACUGCACUGGGAGGAAGCCCGCCUGCCAAGGGCUGUGUCUGGAACCUGUUCAUCGCGCUCCACUCAGCACAGUGAGAUCGCCUCUUCUGUUACUCGGUCUCCAGGGGGUGGGACCUGGAGCCGUAUCCAAUCAGGGCCAUGGGGUGGGGUCGUGAGAACUGUGGAUCAGGCGCACUGCAGGGAGGUGGGUGCGCGGCAUCUUCACCCCUCUAAACGCGGCUCCUACUCUGUAGCUGACAGACACCCACAGACGUGUCUGUAGCAUCCUCUGUCACACUGGGACCCGUACUGGCAGCAGGAGCCGUAGGGAGGACUGGGACACCUGGAAGCCAGGAAUUGGUGAGUGUGCGGGGCUGAGGGUCCCGAGACUAGGAUGGAACUGGUUGGAACCGGCAGGAAUAGACCGUGGCGGGACCCGGGCCUCUUCGUAGGUGACUCUGGGUUCUGAGACCCAAGUCCCCCUGGCGCACCUCGGCCCUGGUUCCUCUCAGGCCGCAGGGUGGGGCUGUGAAGGCAGCCGGGACCCCUAGCCGUCCGGUCCAGUCCCUGCGCGACUGACUGCGGCCCCAGGCCCAGCGCCCUCUCUGGUCAGCUCUGCGCCUGCUGCCCCAGUCACGCCCGCUGCCUCCGUGUCUCCCCAGAUUGUACGGGGGCCACUAGAGUGUCAUGAGGGGAAUCCUGCCUCGAGUAUGGGGUUCGUGUGAGAGGAGCUGUAGGCUGUGGGGUCCCCAGUUCCCUCUUUCUCACCAGGGGCUUUUGUAUUUUAUCUGAGUUUUCCAAAUAUACGCGAAGCAGGGUCUCAAAUCGCAACUGUGGUCCCUAGGCUACCUUCUCCUAAGGCCGGCAGCAAAUUUGGGAUUUCCUGAUCCCUUUCCGCAUUUUAUAACACGGAUUUCCUUUAGUUCACAACAGUAUCACUUCUUCGUUCUCCAGGCUAUGUUUCAAACACAGGCAGUAUUUUAAUCGUCAUUUUUUUAGAGGGCAGUAUAUGGCCCUUUUAAAAAUAUUUGUUUUGUGUUUGUGAACGUUUCAGAGAAAAACCACCUGACACUCCGCUGUAAACAAUCUUUGUGUCCCUUUUUAUCUGCCCUAGGCACAGACACCUUCUGAGAAUGUCUUGGGUUGAGAUUCCCCUUUGGAAAGUUUACAGUGAUGCGACCUCAGCCCACCCUCUGCCUUUUCCUGAUCCUGGGUUUCAGGACUACCUGGGGCUGGCCCAAGAUGCCUACAGCUGCCAAGUCUCUUGGGAAAGUCUAGUUGAAGAAUUUGUGACCGUGGAUAAGUUCGUUUCCUGUUAUGUGAACUUGGCAGAUUAAUGCUAAAUCCUGUGGGGCAGCAUUUAGCAACACCUAAAAAAAGUAGAUUUUUCUCCAUCCCUUUACUUCGAGCCUAAGGGUGUCAUUGCAUGUGAGAUGGGUCUCUUGAAGACAGCAUACCAUUGGAUCUUGCUUUUUUAUCCAAGUUGCCACUGUGCCUUUUAAUUGGGGCAUUUAGCCUGCUUACAUUCAAGGACUCAGUGACCUUUGAGGAUGUGGCUGUGAACUUCACCCAGGAGGAGUGGGCUUUGCUGGGUCCUUCCCAGAAGAAUCUCUACAGAGAUGUGAUGCGGGAAACCUUCAGGAACCUGAUGUCUGUAGAAGUCAUAUGGUAGAGAGAGUCUGAAGGUAAGGAAGAUGGUCAAUGUGAAGAGAUCUUCAUGUGAAGAGAUCUUCAGCCUUAUUCCAAAUGUUAUAGUGAAGACGACUUUUACUGGAGUCAAAUCAUGUGAAAGCAGUGUGUGUGUGAAGAAGGCAAUAUGGAUCAUUCAUCUCUUAAUUGCUGCAUCAGAGCUGACACUGGACACAAAUCAGAUGAGUGUCAGGAACAUAGAAGCCACAUAAGCAGUGUGUGAAAACCUUCAGCUAUUGCCACUCCUUUCAAACACAUGAAAGGCCUCACACUGGAAAGAAACUCCAUGUAAGAAAUGUGGAAAAACCUUCAUUUCUGUUCAAACCUUUUGAAGAUACAUGGUAAUGCACAGUGAAGAUGAACCUUAUAAAUGUAAGUUUUGUGGGAAGGCCUUUGAUAAUCUACAUUUAUAUCUUACACAUGAAAGAACUCACACUGGUGAGAAACCCUAUGAAUGUAAUAAAUGUGGGAAAGCCUUCAGUUGUUCCAGUUCCAUUCGAAAACAUGCAAGAAUUCACACCGGAGAGAAACCCUAUAUAUGUAAACAAUGUGGCAAAGCCUUUAGAUAUUCCAGUUCUAUUCGAAAUCAUGAAAACACUCGCACUGGUGAAAAACCCUGUGAAUGUAAGCAAUGUGGGAAAGCCUUUAGUUAUUCCAGUUACUUUCGAAUACAUGAAAGAAUUCACACUGGAGAGCAGGUGUAUAAAUGUAAGGAAUGUGGAAAAACAUUCACUUAUCCCAGUGCCUUUCAUAAACAUAAAAGUACCCACACUUCACAGAAACUUUAUGAAUGUAAGGAAUGUGGGAAAGCAUUUGAUUGUUUUAGUUCCUUUCAUAGUCAUGAAGGGGUUCACACUGGAGAGAAACCCUAUGAAUGCAGAACGUGGAAAAGCCUUCAGUAGUUCUAAGUACUUAAAAAUACAUGGAAGAACUCACACUGGAGAGAAGUCCUAUGCAGUAAAGAAUGAGGGAAAGUAUUUUAUUGUCUCAGUCCCCUUCAAAGACAUGAAAGGACUCACAUCAGAGAAAAGUUGUAUGAAUGUAAAAAAUGUGAUAAAGCCUUCCAUUCGUCCAGUACUGUUAGAAACCAUGAAAGAAGUCACAUUUAAGAAAAACACAGUGAUGUUAGGAAUAUGGGGAACCUUUCCUUUCUCUUCCAGUCUUUUGAAGGCACAGGGUAUGACACACUGGUGACCUCAUAACUGUAAGGAGUGUGGAAAAGUAUUUAUUAGUCCUUGUGUGUUUUAGAUACAUGAAAGAAUUUACUCGAAGGAAACUCUAUGAAUGUAAAGAAUGUGGUAAAACCUGUGUAGUUUCAGUUUCUCUUGAAUAAAGUCAUUUCCUGGUAUUCUCAGGGGAUUGGUUCCAGCACCCCUUGAGAAUAUAUAAAGCACCCCUUGAGAAUAUAUAAUUUUGCUCAAGUGCUUUAUAGAAAAGUGUAUUUGCCUAUAACUAGGCAAUCCUGUAUACUUUAAAUCAUCUCUAGAUUACUUAUAAUACCUAAUGCAUUGUAAAUGCUAUGAAGACCACUGUUUUAUUGUAUUUAGGGAAGUAUGACAAGAAAAAACAUCUGUACAUAUUCAGUACAGACACAACCACCAUACGGCUACCUACCUAGUACACAUCAUCUACAAUAUAACAUUUUCUUUUUAAAAAACA